AUGACCCCCAUCAAGAACGUGUGUCUCGUCGGCGCAAACGGCACCGUCGGCUCCGUCAUCGUCAAGGCCCUCGUCGACGCCGGCACCUUCCGCGUCUCUGUCCUCCGCCGGGCCAACUCCUCAUCCCCAGUCCCCGCCGGCGUCAGCGAGGUGGCCGUGUCCCCCGCCCUGAACCUCGACGAGCUCACCCAAGCUCUCGCCGGCCAGGAUGCGGUCAUAGCGUCGUUCCCUCUUCACGACGUCUCCCAGCACAUGCGACUCGCGGAGGCCGCCUACGCGGCCGACGUUGCCCGCUACAUUCCCGCCGACUUUGGCUCCUGCGACGCCGCCGCCCCCCAGCCCCAGCACCACCUGCAGCUCUACCGGGACAAGACAGCCGUGCGGGCCAGGUGCGAGGCGCUUGCCGACGCGGCCGGCCCGGCCGGCAAGCCCUUCACAUGGACGUCCAUCGUCUGCGGCCACUUUUUCGACUUUGGCCUGCGCAGCGGCCUGCUGCAUUUCGACCUCGACAAGCAGAGGGCGCAGAUGCUGGACGGCGGCGGCAUCAGGGCGUCGGCGAGCACGCUGGGCCGCGUGGCAGAGGCCGUGGUUCGCGUUCUGCAGCGCCCGCGGGUGACGGCCAACCGGGCCGUCUACGUGCAGAGCUUUUGCGCGACGCAGCUAGAGGUGCUGGCGUCGCUGGAGCGCGCCACGGCGACGAAGUGGCACACCGAGCAAUUGGACUCCAACGCCUACCUGGAGCGCGAGAGCAGAAAGGUGGCCUCGGGCGAUCGCAGGGCCGUCGAAGAGGUUGUGUUUGUUCUGGGGACUGUCGACGCCGACUGGACCCGGAAGGAAGGGUUUGCAAUGGAGCUGCUGGGGUUGGAGGAUGAGAAUCUGGACGAGGUGGUUGCCAGGGUCGUGGCAGAGCACAAGGCGAGACGGCAGGCCUGA